AUGUCGAGUGAGUUUCUAUCCAGAAACAGACUAUCUAAUUUCAGUAACGCAAGCUAUAGCAGCAACCAUAGCAACGGCAGUCAUGGCAACAACAAUCGAUUUGGCCAAACAGUGAUAGGCCAUGAUUAUGCCUCAAAUAUACUAGUUGCUGAUCUAGCCAUUCGAUCUACAGUAGCAUUCAAUUCAGCAAUUUCAUCGCCAUCUACUGCUAGCAUGAAUGAAGCAUCUGAUGUUGAUGAGCAAAAAGAGAUCCAUGACAAGGGCAAAAAAGUGAAGCGCCGUGUCACUUUUAAUUUAGACAACGUUCAAGUACAAACAAUACCUAUCUACUCUUCUUGCUCAUCGUCUGAUGAAUCAUCUGAAUCAGACAAUUCAUUACAGCAAGAAGAGGAUGACGAUAUAUUUUUUCCGCCUGUCACCACCACCACCACUGCUAAGCAAGUCGAGGGUGAUGAUACUCCUGUAGCUGUGUCGCCUUCGUCUCCACCUCUAUCUCCAAUGUCACACAUGACACCAAUGGCAUUGCAACCAUCAAGUACAGCAACUAUUUCUGAACGUAUCUCCAAAAAGGCAAGCUAUGAUGCUUUACAACAAAGGAAGCAGAUUAGAAGGCGUGAUAAUUCUAAUUCAAUGCUGUCGAGUAAGCCUGGAUAUUGGUAUCCUCUAAGUCCAACGAGCGCCACAAGGUCAUCAGCUAAUGGUGGUAUGGUUCGAUAUGGUAGCCCCCUACCUACAUUGAGAUCAUUGGAAAUGACAGAGCGGCUGAUAACAGAAUCUAUACAAAGAGAAAUGGCGUUAAAUCCAAAUUUACGACAUCAUGUCGCUGCAAAGAAAAAUAACUAUACUCAAGGCACCUCUACGACAUCGACAACACCAACAACAACAGCGCCACCUAAAUCACCUUUAGUAAACAAUGAUGCAGCAAGCAUGUUAAUUACUGAUUCUGAUUCUGACGAUGAGGAAGUUCAUGAAAAUAGUCAGCAUGUCAUAAAAGAGGAGGCACAAAACCAUCAUGAUAAGACUGGUAUAGCCAUUAACGAUGAACAACCCAACAUGAGACACUCGCCAGAAUCAUUUUCUUCCGUCUUGAUUGAUGAUGACGACGAAGAAGAAGAGGGAGAAAGCGACACUUCAGUAUUCACAUCUUCGCCUGAGCCACAGGUGAAAUACACGCAAGACAAGGAGCAAGUCGACACAGAUUUCACCAAUUCAGUAUAUAAUGAACUCGCCAAACGGCACAAUCAAGCAGCGAUACCCUUUCCUGAAUGUGAGCCACCUAAACUCACCUUUCCGUUUGAACAAAACUUGAUUCCGAUCUCAGCUAAUGGCGAUGUUGUGAUUCUUCCACCCCCUCAAGACAACAAUGAUCUUGUUUGCAUAGACUGCUCUUCACCGGCUACAGAUGUAAAUGAUCAAUUGCACACAAGAGGCGUCUUUUUUGUCAAGGUGCUUCGCGCCGAAAAUUUGGACUUCCCUAUAGACAAUGAUAAUACGAGUGUUUAUUGCAGUAUCCGUUACAAGACUGCAGAAAGUAGAUCCUACGAGCAGAAAAUGGCACAUACAAUGAUGAUUGAUCAUGAAAUGCGAAUCCUAGAUGUUGAUCCUAACGAGCAGGUUGCUAUCACAAUUCACGUUGCUGCAACGCAGAAUAGCAAAAGACUCCAAAAUGCUAGUUCGAGUUGGUAUCACAGGAUGAAGACACCAUCUGACCUUCAACGUUAUGUGCAUCAAAAAGAUGGCUCUAUUUGUCAAACUUUAUUUUCGCCAAGUCGGUUUGUCGCGGAAGAUGCUUUGGAUCAAACUGCCUCUUUAAUGCUUGUCAACAACUGGUAUCGUAUAAACCAACAAGCCACAAACACGUCUUCCUCCUCUUUGUUAUUACGAAGAACAUCUACCCUCAUGAAAAAAAAGCCGACCAUGUCAACGCCCGCCGUCGUGCGAGAAAAGGCUGUGGGCAAGAUUUACGUGCAGUGCUUGUAUUUGAAAAUCAAGGGCAACUACAUUCCUCGUGACAUUGAUGAAGCUGUAGAAGCACUCAACGCCAAACGAUUUCAUAAUACAGAUUGGCAAUCUGGUUACUUAUCACAGCUAGGAGGCAAUGCCAAGCAGAGAAAUAGACGCUUUUUCAAGCUAACUGGAGGGUGCUUGUUCGCAUACUCACAUGAUAUAGAUAGAAACAAAAAGGAUAGUCAACUACCACUGUACAAGAUACCAUUAUCGAGAGCAACAAGAUUGAUCUGCGAUAACUUUGUUGUCAUGGAGAGAGAACAACAACAAUCACAAAGCGCAAACCCGACCACUUUAGUCAGUCAGUUAGAGCGAGUCAUCAUGCUUAACGAAGAUGAUGGCAACCAGGAUGAGGAGAACGACGGACAGGCGGAAAAACAAGAUAGGAAUAGCUUCCAGCUUGUAUUUGACAAUGGCGACAAGAUCCACUUCGACUGUAAAUCUCUGGAGGAACGCAAUAAAUGGGUGUCAGUCAUUGAAAUCAUCGUAUGCAGACUACCUCCACUCCCUGACUGGAUCAUGAAUUAG